AUGUCAUCGGCACAGACACCUCCUGUCAACCAGGCUGCUGGGAGCCCAGCUGGCGCCAGCAACUCAUCAACAUCAGGAACCUCGACGACCACACCUCCUUCAUCACAGGCAACAGGAUCAACCGCGUCACGCCUUGUGAUCUCUGGCCAGCCACAACCACCAAUUCACCUCAGCACUCUACCAGCUGUUCCACCUGCUACCUCUAACGCAACGCAUGCGGCACCUGCCACGCCUCUGCCGCCGACUAUUCAACAGAAUACCGUUACCUCUGGAACGUCUCAAAGCACGGCUGUGCCCACAAGUACUAGCAACCACCCACCACCCCAGACUACACUGCCAAAUGGCCCACAGAGUCAGGCUCCCCAGGGCACCUUCAUCCGGCGUUUCUGGCGAUUCUACACCAAGAGCAAACCAAAGGAAUGGACGACAUUUUGGUUGACGCCCCAUGGCUUACUGGGCUUCUUGCUCUCCGACCUGGGUCUCAUAGGCGGCAUCACCGCCAUCAAGAUUGUCUCGCACUCCAAGCGUGGCCUUGCCGACGUGUCCGACUCGACGAACACUGUUCUGAACUAUCCAGUGGGGCAAAGCUUGUGGUGGACCUUCUUCCCGGUGCUCAUAUUCCAGAUAUUCGGCUUGUAUUUCGCAGCAAUCAUCGACUCUCGGGGCGAGAGGCAGCCUUUCGUCGCAUUGAGGCGGCCCGGGGGCGCAGACACCAAAACCUCGAUCCUGCUUGACUAUCGCAGCAAAGUCGCAGCAGUCCGGCCCUUGGCAGCAUUCCGGAACAGGCAUUGGAUGCUGGGUGUGAGCUUUCUCGCAGCUUUGCUCAUAAGCCUGUUUCUGAGCUCCUUAGCAUCGCACCUUCUCAUCGCCAACAUUGUGCCUAUGGUUGACACCACAUUGACACAUCUCAGCUCGACAUUCCAGCCCUAUGACUUUGGGUAUGAUUCAGACCUGACUCCGGUACUGGAUGUGGUGUCGAGCACGCUAGUGUACGGCGGAUUGUUCCCAGCCUGGACCACAUCCAACAUGAGCUUUCAGAGCUUCGAUAGACCCCCAAUGUCUCUGAAACCAAGCAUACUGGCGGCCUACCUGGCGGACACCACUGCAUAUUCGGCACGUCUACAGUGUCGGUCCCUCGCGAAGGCAGAGUACGUCUUUACACAGACAGAUGAUGGGACCGGGUGGGACUUCGGCGCACAGGACCACGGCUGUGACUUCUCUCCUACUCUCAUCAUCGCAACGGCCGGGUUCCAGAACUACGUACAGACAUUCUCAAAUGUGAGCUGCAGCCUAGACGCAGGUUUGAGCCGUUUGUUCGUCCUGGCUGCCCACACACCCGACCCUGACACGAUCAAGCCCUCGGAAGUGACGGUCCUGUCUUGCAGGACGGCGUACUUCAAACAUUCGGGGACCCUGAACGUCACAUACACGUUGGACGGUUCUUCUGCCGUCAUUAACAGUUUCCAGGAGCAUGAGCACGGGCUUCAACCCCUAGACAACCCCAUGCCUGUUUACUACCAGAACUUCGAACGGCAACUCCACCAGCCAAGCAUCCUCGACGACACCGCAACGACGUCGGCGACAAAUUUUGGCCGCCUUAUAUUGGCGCACGCGAGGAAGCAGGCGCCUCGAUCGUCCUUUAACCCACGCGCCAUGCUGAAUGCGACGUCCGUGCUCUUCACGGCCGCCCAUGCCGUCAUGGUGAGCAGUUUCUUGUGGCAGGCGGGUGGAGGCGCCACGGCCGAAAGCACAGUCCAGGGCUCGUUGAGCAUCCCGACGAUGCGCCUCGUGGUGGUCGACUCGAUCGCCAACGUCCUGCUGAGCACUCUAGCGGUCCUGGCGGUGCUAACGGUGUGGAUUGCCGUCGAUCUCGUCAACAACGAGACUUCGCUGUUCGAAGAGCCGACCGGUCUGCUCGGGUCAGCCAUUCUGCUGCACGAGAGCAGUGUCAAUGCAUUGGCGGCCGAUUUGCGCAGCGAUCCCGAAGCCGCGCAAGAUGGUAAGGCUCUAGCACAUGCUCGACGACCGCGCCGCCUCUGGGGACGUAACCUUCCGUGGGGCACCUAUCGCGACGACGUGCGCAAGAAGAAAUGGUCGGUGGAAAAGUGGAAUAUGCCUUCUGAGACAAAGAUCGUGGAGGUAUAA